CGACAAGAUAUGAUUAGUUGGAUACAAUUGAUUGACCAGAAAUUCCCUGUCGAAAGUCUGAAAAUUCAAGACUAACGAGCCUAUCCGAUUUGAAAUUCUUAAUAUAUUUACUGCAAUACAUACAACUUUAAAUUAAUGUAUUAUAUACCGUUAUAAUGACUCAUAUUCAGUCAUUAAAGACAACUGUGGCAGGUUGAAAUUGGCUUUCAGCAUGAAAGUGUAAAAGGUCACAAGUGGCUUGGAUGCCCGCUGCUUUUUCGUAGCCUCUGGGUUUCAGGCAAAAGCGAGCAUAUAUUCUUCCAGUUAAUACAUCCUAUUCAACAUGGCUAAGAAGAAGGGAGGAAAGAAAAGAAAUGACGAUUAUUGGGAUGAAGCAUUUGAAGAAGAUGCUGUAGCUACUGGUGCUGCACCUCCUGAAGAAACUGAAGAAGAAUUCGCUAAAAGAGCUUCGAAUUUUAAUGCACUUGCCGAAAUAAACGACGGCGAUGACGACGGUUUAAUGGCUAUGGUCAGUAAAGCUGCUAAUAACAAAAUGAAGAAAAAUAAGAAAAAGAAGCAACAAGAAGAAUUAGAGGAAAACGAGCCUGUUUCUGAAGAAGUGCCAUCACCAAAAGUGGAGACGCCAGCAACUGCAACACCAGCAGACGAGAUUGAUGAGUUUGACUGGGUCAACGACAAUAAAAAGAAUAAGAAGGGCAAAAAGGCAGAAUCGCCCGCUGAAACCGCUUCACCUGCUGGAGAGACAGAGGACGGCGGCGAGUUCCGUCUCUUAACCAAGAAGGAAAAAGAAAGAUUGAAGAAGGAGAAACAGAAGGAAGCCAAACGGUUGGCUGCACUUGAACGAAAGAAACAACAAGAGGCCGAAGAAGCUGAAUUGAAUAAGAUUCUUGGAGUGGAAGAGAAAAGAAGGCUAAGAAACUUGCUGCUAAGGAAGCAGAAGAAGCGCCUGCAGUUGAAGAAACACCCGCUCCUACCCCAGCUACUCCAUCACCGAAGGGUAAGAAGGGUAAGGGCGCUAAUGUCGCUGCUUUAAGAAAAAUGAUUGAAGCUCAACGUGCUGCCGAGGAAGCAGAGCGUCAGCGUCUUGAAGAAGAGCGUAAAAAGGCAGAGGAAGAGGAGAGGAGACUCGCCGAAGAAGAAGCAGCUCGUGAAGCAGCUCGAGCUG